AUGGAGCCACAACAGCAGCAACACCAGGAGGACCAACAACAACCCUCGGUUGAGGAUAGUUACCCUCGAGGGGAAAAACGUACCGCCGGUGUCGACGCUUCCUGGGAUAGCAAAGACGGGCAAGGGCAGGAGCAGCCCUCCUCCUCCUCUUCCUCCACCACCACUCGCCCUGCUAAAAUCAGCAACUGGGAUGCGGCACCUCCUGCGAACUCGAAUGCUACGACGACUGGGGACGAAGAUGAUGGCAAAUUUCAUAAGGAUGUCCCUUUACCUCAUUGGGCCGCUGGUAAGGUCAUAGGAAAGCAGGGCGAUACCAUAAAACGGAUACAACGUCAAACUCAUUGUGAAGUGAAGUCCGAUCAUGGUGAACGCGACACUGAUGGUAACAGAAGUCUUCAUCUCAUUGGUGACACUCAGGAAAUCCUAAAUGCUUGCGAGGCAGCCAUCGAAGAGAUCAUAUUCACAUGUCGUAAGCCUGUCGUGGGCCCUGGAGAUUCGAAAAAGGAAGUUGUUAUUUCCAACGACAUAGCAGCGAAGGUCAUUGGCUACAGGGGAUGCGUUAUUGACGAGAUCAAACGACGAUCGCAUACUCGCAUUGAGGUGGUUCCUACAGAGGACGGUGGUCCUGGGGAGGAGAGGACAGUCGUGCUAGUUGGACCUGAGGAUAAUUGCGAAGAAGGGGCACGUAUAGUACGGGAAAUCGUGACUGGCGAGCUCGACAUAUCACCGAUCAUUGAUGACUUCAAACGGGAGCAUCAACUGGAUGAAUAUGAUCUUUCCGGGGGCAAGGGUAGCGGCUACCACGGUAAGGGUGGUAAGGGCUACGACUGGCGCGGAGGCAGCAGUAAGGGUGGCUGGGGUGAUGACAACUCUCGGUACGCUGGUGGUAAUGGUGAUUGGUCCGGCAGUGGUAAGGGAGGCUGGUCUGGCAGUGGUAAAGGAGGUUGGGGUAAGGGCAAGGGCGGUGACUAUGGUGGGAAGGGCGGCUUCGGCAAGGGAGGUGAUGACUCAUCCGACUAUUAUGGUGGUCGUGGUAAGGGGUAUGCGCCCAGUCCGGCUCCCUAUAGAGGUAAGGGUAACCGUAGUGACCCCUAUAGUAGCUCUCGCUAUGGCGGUGGUGGCGGCAAAGGGUACGACUCCUACAAUAAAGGAGGAAGUGAUUCGUAUGGAGGUGGUGCUACUAGAUAUGAGAGGGCAGCAGCCCCUAGUGGUGGUGAUUAUUAUGGUAAGGGUGGCUAUGGUGGUGGGAAAGGAGGAGGAGGUCCCGGUGGUGAUUAUGGCUACGGCAAAGGUGGCCCCUAUGCUAAGGGAGGGCCCAGCAACGAUGGAGGGUAUGGGGGUAGUUGGGGAGGCAAGGGUAAGGGUAAAGGAGGACGAGGCUGGUCCGGUGGUGGUGGUUGGGACUCAAGUCCUGAGGAUUCGGGUGCCUCCCAAGGUGGUGGUGGUGGAGGUGGCCCUUCAUCGUACAGUAGUAGACCCUGGGGUGGCAGUGGUGAUGGGCAGCAUUGGGGUGGUGGUGGUAAGGGAGGAGGAGGAGGCAAGGGUGGCUAUGGUUACUGA